UUUUUUUUUUUUUUUGCUGGAGAGAAAAAGCAGGAUACGGCAGUCUUCAGGAAGCCGCUGAAAUCUGGAAUGGACAUGGAAAUCCUUAAGUGGUUCACAAAAUAUGACACAUAUGUCAAGGCAAAGAUGUCUCAAGUGAAGCAAGUAGGUCUUCUAGCUGCUGGGUGCCAGCCAUGGAACAAAGAUGUGUGUGCCGCUAGUGGAGACAGAUUUGCUUACUGUGCCACUUUAGCUAUUUAUGUAUAUCAGCUGGAUCACAGAUACAAUGAAUUUAAACUCCGUGCAAUCAUGUCAGAGCACAAAAAGACAAUCACAGCCAUCUCCUGGUGCCCACACAACCCUGACAUGUUUGCCAGUGCCAGCGCAGACAAUCUAGUGAUCAUUUGGAAUGUAGCUGAACAGAAAGUCGUGGCCAGACUUGACAGCACAAAAGGAAUGCCAGCCUCACUGAGUUGGUGUUGGAAUUCCGGUGAUGCCGUAGCCUUUGUCUCACACAGAGGGCCCCUUUAUAUCUGGACUAUCUCUGGACCAGACAGUGGUGUGGCAGUUCACAAAGAAGCCCACAGCUUUUUGUCAGACAUCUGUCUAUUUCGGUGGCAUCCAAGGAAAAAAGGAAAAGUUGUCUUUGGACACACAGAUGGCAGCCUUUCCAUUUUUCAACCAGGUUGUAAGAGUCAGAAGCAUGUCCUGCGACCGGAAUCACUGGAGGGGACAGAUGAGGAGGAUCCAGUAACGGCACUAGAAUGGGACCCACUGUCCACUGAUUACCUUCUUGUUGCUAAUUUACACAAUGGGAUUCGCCUAGUAGACUCUGAAUCCUUAUCAUGUAUUACUACAUUUAGUUUUCCAAGUGCAGCAGCGUCUGUCCAGUGCUUGGCCUGGGUCCCCACAGCUCCAGGCAUGUUCAUAACAGGAGAUUCCCAGGUUGGUGUAUUACGGGUAUGGAAUGUUUCCAAGACAACACCUAUAGAUAAUUUCAAGUUAAAGAAGACUGGCUUCCAUGCAUUACAUGUCCUCAACUCUCCUCCCAAGAAAAAAACACAAUCCCCUACAAAGAACCACCACACAUCAUCCACUAGUGAGGCUGUCCCUCCUCCAACGCUGACACAGAACCACGCCUUCUCACUGCCUCCCGGUCAUGCUGUCUGUUGCUUCAUGGAUGGAGGAGUUGGCCUUUAUGAUAUGGGUGCUAAGAAGUGGGAUUUCUUGCGGGACUUGGGUCACAUUGAAACCAUCUUUGAUUGCAAAUUCAAACCCGACGACGUCCUAAUUUAUUGGCUACGCUCAUUUGAUGGUAACAAUUAAAGUCUGGGACAUCAACACACUGACAGCCGUGUAUACAUCCCAGGAAAAUGAAGGUGUCAUCAUCUACUCGCUGUCCCUGGGCCAGGAGAUUUAAAAUUGUAUAGCAGGUGCAACAUCACGGAAUGGAGGCUUCAUCUGGGAUGUUAAGAAAAGGGAAAAUGAUAACACGAUUCAAUGAGCAUGGAAAAAAUGGCAUUUUUUGCAUCUCUUGGAGCCAUAAAGAUUCUAAGCGCAUUGCUACAUGCAGUGGAGAUGGAUUCUGCAUUAUUCGCACAAUUGAUGGGAAGGUUUUGCACAAGUACAAACAUCCAGCGGCUGUGUUUGGAUGUGACUGGAGCCAAAAUAACAAAGAUAUGAUUGCAACUGGGUGUGAAGAUAAAAAUGUGAGAGUUUAUUAUUUGGCCACCAGUUCUGACCAGCCUCUGAAGGUGUUUACUGGACAUACAGCAAAAGUGUUCCACGUUCGCUGGUCUCCUCUUAGAGAAGGAAUCCUCUGCAGUGGUUCAGACGAU